GCAAUCCUCUCCAACACCUAUAUAAGCGGGUUUUAAAACUGAAAGAAAUUUCCUCACUGAGAGAGGCUGCAGAGGGAUGAUGAUGAGUAAAAUAGCUUUCCACAGGAAAAGACCUCUGCUACUACUCAAAGUCUUCUCUAGCGAACUGCUUUUCAAAUCUCCAUCGUCGGCCUCAUUCUCUACCAACAUCGUCGGCCAAAGUCCUAUCCUUGUUCGUGAUUUCAUUCGUUCAGCAUUGUAUGACCCAAAUCAUGGGUAUUUCUCGAAAAGACCGGGAUCUGUUGGAUUGCUUGAGAGAAGCAUCAAGUUCAAUAACCUCCAAGGUAGGAGUGCUUAUUUGCGCCAUUUAAAUAAUCUUUACAAGCAGAAUGACAUAGCAUGGUUUACACCUGUGGAGCUUUUUAAGCCUUGGUAUGCACAUGGUAUUGCUGAAGCCAUAUUACGCACAGCUGACCUUUCAGUUCCUCUAAAAAUUUAUGAAAUUGGUGGUGGCUCAGGAACAUGUGCAAAGUGUAUAAUGGAUUACAUGAUGUUGAAUGCACCAGCGAAAGUUUACAAUAAUAUGGUUUACGUCUCGGUGGAGAUUAGUUCCUCCUUGGCAAAGAAACAAUUAGAAACUGUCGGAGACGUUCGCAGUCAUUUAUCACGGUAUAGAGUAGAGUGUCGUGAUGCUGCAGAUAGAAGUGGAUGGGGAGAUGUGGACCCACAACCAUGUUGGGUUAUAAUGCUUGAGGUGCUUGACAAUUUUCCACAUGAUCUUAUCUACUCAGAGAAUCAGGUCUCUCCAUGGAUGGAAGUUUGGCUUCAGAAGCGACAUGACAGUGAAUGUAUCUCAGAGUUAUAUAAGCCAUUACAAGAUCCACUUAUUUCACGCUGCAUUGAGAUCAUCGACAUGGAUAAAAACAAUACUACUUUAGGAAGCAAAGCUAUUUCAGCAACGAGGAGCAUAUGGUCAAAAAUUUUCCCACAACCGCGGAGAGUUUGGCUACCAACAGGAUGCUUGCAACUACUAGAUGUUUUACAUUGGGCCCUACCAAAGAUGUCGCUAAUUGCUUCAGACUUCAGCUACCUCCCUGAUGUGAAAAUAUCUGGUGAGAGAGCUCCUUUGGUUUCAACUAAGAAAGAUGGAAGCAGUGCAGAUUAUAGCAGCUAUCUGGAUGCAAAAGGGGAUGCUGAUAUCUUUUUCCCAACCGACUUCUGGCUCUUGGAACGCAUCGACCACCAUUGCUCUGGUUGGUUGAAUCAACAGCCAGAAUUUAAAUCAUCCAAGCAAAUGAAGAGAAGGCGUACGAUUAUACUUGAUACAGCUGCAUUCAUGGAAGAGUUCGGUCUGCCGUCAAAGACAAGAACCAAGGACGGGUACAACCCACUACUUGAUGACUUCAAGAACACUAAAUUUUAUCUCAGCGUACCCACACAUAAUAAAAGGUAAACAGCGGCUUAAGUUGAUAUCGGAACUCAGGUGGACCGUGAUCUCAUCUGCGGCCAUGACAUUCGUGGGCCAGCCAAGAAAUAAAAAAGGACAUCCACGUGGUGGUUUGAACGAUCAUCAUUUAUGUGAGAGGUAAUUUUUUUGUGCAAUCAGAAAUUUUGGUUAGGACAGCAUUUGGCGGGAGGAUUGAAGGGCUAUAUGCUUUUUCUUGAAUGUGGGUGGGGAAAGGCUCUUUUGUUUUUCUUCUUGAUGAGCUAUAUAUGAUUUGCAGGUGUUAGACAUGAAAUGCAUUAGGGUCCCUUUGGCUAGGGGAUCCCGUAUAAUUGGAAUUAAGCCUAAUCUCGAUUUUGGCGGGCCCAAUUCUCUCCACGUAGGAUUUCCUGCUACAGUGGCAUUUCAUGUCUUUUCUGUAACUUGAGUAAUUGCAUGUACAUGGUGGAAUCCUCCACUUUAGGGACGUAAAUCCUACAUGGAAGGUGUGGGGCCUACCAAAAUCAGGAUUGGGCUUUAUCCCGAUUUUGUAGGAUCCCCUAAACAAACGACUGUUAUUGUCCAUGCCCAGAGCAGUGGCAUAUGGCGCAUGAUUCAUGAACUGAAAUGUUCAAAUGAGUUGUAAUUGAGUAAAUCACAAAAUGUAUCUGAUUUAUUAUUUAUGGAUAUUUCAUUGAUGCAUGAACCCUUCUUGUUCAA